UCAGGAGCGGCUGCAUGCCGGCAGGGCACUUGGCCAAUGGGGAGCGCUGUUAUGCAGUUGCCAGCCGGGCGGCUAGGUCCGCUGUCUCUGUCGCGGGAUCAGCUGUCCCUGCUCCAGCGGCAGCCGCGCGGCGCCCUCCUGGCCGGGAGAUGGAGACUCCCAGGAGCUGCGUUUGUACCAGGUCGGGUGGCGGUUUGGGAGUCAGUACCUGUGGGGAGGACAGUUUCCUGUAUUUUGCUUAUGGCAGUAACCUGCUUCGGGAGAGGAUCCUGCUAAAAAACCCAUCUGCCACUUUCUAUGCUGUAGCCAACUUGCAGGAUUUUAAACUCGUUUUUGGCAAUCAUCGAGGCAAAGCAAGUUCUUACUGGCAUGGAAGUACAGCUACCAUUGUUCAAAGCCCUGGAGACGAAGUGUGGGGAGUAGUAUGGAAAAUGAACGCUAGCAAUUUAAAUUCGCUGGAUCAGCAAGAAGGAGUUGAAGGUGGUAUUUACAGUCCAAUAGAAGUCAACGUUCCAACUCAAGAGGGAAAAGUACUGACCUGUCGAAGUUAUCAGAUGAAUGAUUGUAUCUGUGAUCUCCCAUCACCACAGUAUAAAAAAGUCAUCUGUAUGGGUGCAAAACAGAAUGGCUUGCCAACUGCCUAUCAGAAGAAAUUAGAAGCUAUAGAAACGAACAACUAUGCGGGGCCAUUAUCAAUCUUUGAAGAAAUUGAAGCUGCUAUUAAAGAGACAGAAACAACAACUCAGUAGAAAAGUAUCCCCAAAAUAUUUCCAGUUCCACUUCCUUGCCUGAUUUAAUUCUAUAGCCUGUGUUAUACCGGAGGUCAGAUUAGAUUAUCACUGUGGUCCUUUCUGGUCUUGGAAUAUAUGAAUUUUUCAUUUUGAUUUAGGCAUCUGUCUUCUCAAUAUACUGAUUAGCAAUAAUUUCCUUCUUUGAUAAAGAAGGGCAAACUUGAUACGUUUGUGUAGUUCAGUAAGGUAUUGGAUUGAAUAUGCAAUUUAAGGUCUUAAGCUUGCGAAGAUCUAUGUACAUGCUUAACUGUAUGUACCACAUCUAAAGCUAAGCACGUAAAUCUUUGCAAAUUGAGCUUAACUUUCUGUAGUUCUCAUACAGUGCCGGUAAAGUUCAUAUAGUUCUUUAAUACAUCUAUAAGCAGAACUAAAGAGAAAAGCCAGCUUGGUAGUCAUGUGCACAUGCUGCUGUGUUCUAGGAUUAAGAGUUGUAGGAUCAAGCUACAGUUCUUAAGUGCUGUGCACACAGUUCUCCAAGCAGGUUUAAAAAAACUUUUUUUUUUCCAAAUGUACAUAAGGUUCAUUGGGAUGCAAAGCAGGGAAUUAAGCUGAUACCGAUUUGGAUUUUUACAUAUCUAACUUCUGUAGCAGGGGUGCUGAGUCAUUGAACCAAACUGUAAACCCUGUAUAUAAUGGAAACCUCUUCAAGAUGGGGGGGUGCAGCAGCACUCCUUGCACCACUAGUUCCAGCACCUAUGUUCUGUACAGCAAGAUUUUUUUUUUUCUUUGUCCAGGAGGUGUAUCCAUUUGCUUUUAAAAGUUAAUCAUUGGCUACUCUUUACCUUUUAGGUGUGCAGUCAACCCUUGUGUACUAAUAUGUCAUGCCACUGGAUACUGGUCACUUAAAAGUCAGUUUAAGCAAGAAAAGAAAGGAAUUUAAAACACAAAUAUUUUCCAUAGAAAAUAUUAUUUUGAAAACGUUAGUCUAAGACAGUGGUUCUCAAAGCCGGUCCGCCACUUGUUCAGGGAAAGGCCCUAGCGGGCCGGGACGGUUUGUUUACCUGUUGCGUCCGCAGGUUCAGCCGAUCGCAGCUCCCACUUGCUGCGGUUCGCUGCUCCAGGCCAAUGGGAGCUGCGAUU